UGUUUGUUAGUUAGGUCAGGUAGAUUUAAAGGUCUGUUUAAAUCUCAAGCACACCGUCACGAACGUCCCAAAUUUCAUGGCAACCCACAGUUGAGAGAGUUCAGUAAAUACCACUCGCAAAAAGUCAACAGUCAAGAGAAUUUUAUACACAAAUAUCAGCAACAAAAUUCCCUUAUCACAUCCAAUAUCAGAGGUAUGACUCUCGUAACCACAAAUAUCACCAAAUUCGAAAUAAUCUACUUUGAAAUUCUUUGAAAGUAUUUUAAAGUCCUAACUAAAAAAAGUUAUAUACAAGAUAGUAAACAUUUUUAACCGGCAGAAUUUGUGGCUGCUGAAGGCAACGGUAAUGACAAUAUAGAAAACUUCCAGUGUGGAUCCCAGCGUGCAGCAUUAUGCCAUAAGCUUGCCUCCCAUUCCCAGAGCAAGUGAUAAAGUGCCCCCUCUGUGUGGAGUGAGCGAGCGAGCGAACGAACAGUGGGCUGCCAUGAAGUGUGUCCCAGCAGCUCGAGUGUUUCUCUCUCCGUAGCCACAGAGCUGCAGCAGGAAGUGCAGCUCGGGUGCCUCGCCACUCGUCUCCAUCAAUGCACGCUUCAUUCACCCUCGGUGGGGCAAGAUGGAAGCCGUACAAAAGGACCACUGGUACUUUGUGGUACUCCUCUUUCUCCCUUUUCUCAAAGUUGCUGUCCAGCAGAAGGAGGUCGUCGCGGUUCGGCUGGAGGAAGGGAUGGUCCUCGAGUGCGUGUGCCCCUGGGACGGCAACCUCAGCAUGGUGUCCUGGACCAAAGUGCCAGACAAGAACCCCGUGGCCAUCUUCCACCCGGAGUACGGAGUGGCCUUCUCCCACCACUACAGGGAGAGGAUCGAGUUCCUGAGGAGCACACCCAUGGACGGGAGCAUUUCCAUGAGCAACGUCACUCACCGGGACAUCGGGCUUUACCGCUGCUCCGUUCAGACCUUCCCCCGGGGGCCCUGGACCCGGAGCGUUCAGGUGGAGGAUUUAGAUGAGCCCCCUGAAGAAGAAGAAGAAGAAGAAGAAGAUGAUGAUGAUGAUGAUGAUACCACAGAGCCCUCCAGCCCAGAGGUGACCGUGGCAGACGUGGAGCUGUUGGCAGAGCAGAACAACAACCUGACCAUCAGCUGUAACCACAAGCACCAGGGCACCGUCUACCAGGCCCUCCUGGAGCGGAUGCCGCUCGGCCAGCCCUGGGGCAUCAUCGGUGUGUGCAAGAAGGUGGAGGGGGGCCUGGUGGGCGAGGACUACAGCGAUAGGGGACAGGUCGACUGCGCCGACAGCCUGGACGUCGACCUGCGCCUGACAGGCGUGGUGCCGGACGACGGCGGUUUCUACCGCUGUACCUUCAACACGGACGCGGGGGUGCGGACCACCACCGUGCGGCUGUCGGUUGUCACUCCAGGUGGAUUCAGUCUAUCCAUGUACAUGAUGUACAUCUACAUCGGGGCUGGAACUGCAGGGCUCGUUCUUCUUACAGUCAUCCUCAUACUAGCGUUAAGGCAAAGGAAGAAGAACAGGCGAGAGGAGUACAGAGUCAAACUGCACCCAUCUCAGAGACAGCCAAACGUCUACGAGAACAUACCCGCAUGUGCGAGGAUUUCAAAGAAGUCCAGGCAGAUGAGGGCCUACCCCGUGUACGCCAACAUGCCGGCCACACAGCCGCACAAAACCAGACGGCCGCCUCGUGAUAAACGAGCAGACGUAAACAUGAUGUAGUGCCUAAUGUGAGUGCGCAGAGUUUAAUCUGUCACAGAUGUCAUCGUGCCCUCAGGGUUUUUCUUUACAAAUCAUAUAUAUAUGUGUGCGCACACAAAAAUAAAGGCAUUUUGAGGAGCUCUGAGCUCCAGUCAUUUCAGUUUGUUUUGAUCAGAUGCAGGGAUCACACUUGACAGUGAUUAAUAUUCAUGUUGGGAGUUUGAAACGCGUUAACGAGCCAGUGCUGAUGUAAAGUCUCGGAGAGCUGACAUGUUUGGAUGGGUCCAGCCCUUAAUUAAAUGUAGUACGUGCUGCAUAAUUACUGUUGAGGAAAAUAUCUGUUUUGGGUGCAAAACAAUGUUUGACAGUAAACCAUCACGCAGACAGAGGCGCACAAAGGCCCUGUGUAAUCGCUCUUUUCACUUCCCUAACCCCUGAGUAACACGACUGACAAAAAGCCUGUGUAAUUGCUCUGCGUUUGCUUUCAUCCCCUCCUGCUUUCCAAUUCAAAGCUUGACAAUGGCGUCUAAUCAUCUGACGUAAAAAAAAAAAGAAAAAGGAAAAGCAGUCACUCAGCACUGUACCAUCACUUGAGACUGCCGCUUCUUCCCCGGAGGGGCUCUCCGUUCAGGAUGGCUGCGUUCUAGUUACAACACGCUCUUAUUAUGAAAGUUAAACUCUAAUUAGCUAAUCCUGUGUUUGCUUCCUUAAACUGAAUCUGCUUAAUGAAAUGUAAUUAAACAAACUAUUUUUUUAUGACAAGCUUUCACAAGUUUUACCAAGUUGUAUUUAUUCUUAUUUUUAUGAUUUUUUUAAAGGUUUAUGGUAGUGCUAUUAAACUGUGUGUUGUUUAUGUGUAACGUGGUUCAUUUAUCUCCCUAGAAGUGGAGGCAGUGGCAGAGGCAGUAAUGGAUGUGCGGGCUAUUCCGCUAGGAAACAAGACAAAUGUGGACAAAGUUAGACAUGUCGACAUAAAGCGGACAAUAGUUUUGGAAUCAACACGUAGCAGCUGCAAAUUGUAAAUUUGACUGUGAUACCUGUGUUAGUGUUUUCAGCCUUACUGAAACCGAUGCGUGGAAGUGUGUGUGUAUUAAUGACCCCCUGUGGUGUAAAUAAAGAAAUGUGUCAAAUGCCA